AUGCUGGCCAUUAUCAAAAAUAUUCGAGACGCGUGCACGGCGGCACGAAAGUCAAUCCACUGUAUCCUAUUACGAGCGUCGCGCCGUUUUCAGCCCGUCACAGAGACCAGCCUCUAUGCCUCAUUGAUGAAAUGUGAUUUGGACGGUUGCAUGGUCCUCAUCACCGACCCCGCGGUGGAUAUCAAUGCCGAACAUCCGCACAUGGGAACCCCAAUCGCUUGGCUCUGGAAGAAUUACGAACUUUACGCCAACCGACCCACCGCUCGCCCAAAAUUCUACGAUGAGCGUAUUUAUGAGCAAAUUGCAACUCUCCUGGCGGGUACGGGAAGGCUCGCUUGUCGGGACACGCUUGACUACGUGGACAAAAAUAUGGAACGAUUGGGGUGUCUACGCUAUGAUGGACUCUGGAAGCCGCCACAGUUGUUCAUUUCUAGAAAUCCCCGCGCAUUGUGGCUUGGUCAGGAGGUGAUUGAAUUGUUCGGGUACAGUAUCCUGAAAGGACCCAAGGAAGAAGUGGAUCAACAUUUUCAGGGAGAAAGAGCGGGAGGCGGAGGGGGCGGACUCAAGCAAAUGGUUCAUCUGGUUAGCCGACAGGGAAUAUGGUGCCCAACAAGCCUGACUUAUCCUAAUAUCGGGCGAGCAGUAUAUGGCGAGUGGUAUGGAUUUCAUUACCAGAAUCCGUUCCGACCGAGUCUAUCGGAUAUCAGAGUGUACACUUUCAGCUCCCAGUGGCAGAUUGUGGCCGAAAGCGCAUGUACCAAGACUGAGCUGGAGACUUGGUUUGACACCAGGACUCUGGAGCAAUACCUGCACGGCCGUCGAGCAAGCCAGCUUGCCAACAUUGCAAAUGACCAUACUGGGAUGAUAGUGCCUGACAUAUAA